AUGCCACAAAUUGUCUGGCGGCGAAUUGUCCGUGCAGCGAAUGGACUUUUUUCUAAUUGGCGCCUGUGGUUCAACAGAAAAGAGAACGGCGCAAAUUAUAAAAAAAUAGACGAUGAUGCUGAACGAAAUGAUGAGGCUGAGCCAGUUGGUAUUCAGCGAUUAUUUCGAUUUGCAAAUCGUACCGAUUUUAUCAUGAUGUCUGUCGCUUUGUUUUUGGUACUGGUGCAAUCGAUUUGUAUUCUCUUCAGUCUAAUUUUCUUUGGUAUGCUGACGGGAUUGUUUGCUAAUCAGUCAUUUGGUAAUAAGUGUGAUCAGCAACAAAAUAACUUAACCGAUCUUGUCAAUAACAACUACACAUAUCAUUCAAAUAUCGAUGUUCAUGUAGUAAAACGUGCCUCCUUGGACAAAUUAUCCACCAAUAGUUAUACAAAUUUUUUGUCAACUCUACCUACGACGGUGACUCCAUUUAGAGAUAAGGUUAUGAAAAUAAUUUAUUGGGGUUUUAUCAAGGUCAUUGCUAGUGAAACCCUUAAUGAAUUGGUGACAUACUCGAGAGCAGGAAAAAUUGUUCAAGAAGUGUUCAGUUCAUUGCGCACAGUUCUUUCUCUCAAUGGCAGCAAAUUUGAGCAAACCCGAUACGAAAAAGAACUAGAGACAACUCGUUGGAGUAGCAUACGUCAAGGUGCAGUGCUUGGAAUCUUUACCGGUUGGCUAUCUCUAAUGGCCUAUUUAGUUUAUGCAGUGGGUUUCAUCUCCGGUUCGCUUCUUAUAUCACGAAACAGUAGUCGCAGCAUCGAUAUUUCAGAUAUUCUUGUCAUUGUUUCCAUCUUUGCAGAGUCGUUUUCUUUCAUCAGUUUUAUUGGUCCUUUUUUUCAAUCAUAUUCAGAAGCUCUAGGUGCAGCUGCACCCGUGUUCCGACUUAUUGAUGAGGGAAAUGAUGCAGCUAUCAAUGAAAGUGAUGUAUGGAGAGAUGAUACAGACUCAAUUGUUAAUAUCAAUGGUGAUGUUGCAUUUAACGACGUUAAUUUUGUUUAUCCAACCAGAAAAGAUGCUCCGGUUUUGCAUAAUCUUUCUAUUAGAGCACGUUCUGGUCAAACAACUGCUAUCGUAGGUUCAAGUGGUUGUGGAAAAAGUACAUGUUUAUCACUCUUUCUUCGCUACUAUGAGCCUUCAUCUGGACAAAUUACAAUCGACGGCCGAGCAAUCACAGAGUACGGUGUCAAUGAGCUGCGAAAAAAUAUCGGAGUAGUCAGUCAAGAACCUAUUUUAUUUGGUACGACUAUUUAUGAGAAUAUUCGUUAUGGUAAACUUAAUGCAACACGUCUAGAAAUUGAACAAGCAGCACAAGAAGCAAACGCACAUGAUUUUAUCACGCGAUUACCUUAUAAAUACGAAACACUUGUUGGUGAACGUGGUGUACAGUUGAGUGGCGGUGAAAAACAACGUAUUGCUUUAGCUCGCGCUCUUGUUAAGCAGCCCACAUUUCUUUUACUGGAUGAAGCAACAAGUGCCCUAGAUAGUGCCAGCGAAAAAAUUGUUCAAGAAACACUCAAUCAAGCAUGCAAAGGUCGUACAACUAUUGUUAUUGCCCAUCGUUUGACCACAAUUCAAAAUGCUGAUCAAAUAUAUGUAUUAGAUAAAGGAACUGUGAUUGAACAAGGUACUCAUGAAACGUUAAUAGCAAAAGAUGGAGGUAAAUAUCAAUCAAUGGUCAAAAGUCAACAAGUAGAAAGAACCGAUGAGGAUAGUGAUGAUAUGAUGGCCAUAGAAACAAUAAGAAAACAAUCUGAAAAUUUUCUACCAUUCAGACAUUCUCGUUUUAUUAGCGGUAGUGUAACAACUGAUGAGGACAAAGAUAGUUCAAAGCCACUGAAGCAACGAAACGUCAUUGUAAGACUCCUAGCAAUGAAUAAACCUGAAUGGUUGACAAUAUUGGUUGCUUGUUUGGCAUGUAUAAUUAAUGGAGCAGCAGAACCAUUUCUUGCAUUCUUACUUGCCAAAAUAGUUGAAGCUUUCAAAUAUUGUUCAAACUCUCAGCUACGUCGCCAUGUGUUGCUGAUUAGUUUUAUCUUCCUAGUUAUGGGCGUUGUUUUAAUGUUUAUUCGAUUCUGUCAGUAUACAGCUUUUGCCAUCGCAGGAUCGAAAUUGACACAACGUAUUCGUUCGAAAACGUUUACCUGUCUACUUCGUCAAGAAGUUGCUUAUUUUGAUCGACCUGAAAAUAGUUCAGGUGCAAUUUCUACUCGCCUUUCUUCUGAUGCAGCAGCAAUUCAGGAAAUGUUGACUACACGAUUAGGAUCCGUUUGUGAAGUUCUCGCUUUGGUACUUUUUGGAUUUAUAUUUGGAUGGAUAAUAAAUGCGGAAUUAGCGUUAAUCGCUAUUUGUGCAUUAGUAGUUCUAUUUAUAAGUCUCGGUGCAGAGGUGUCUGUACGUUUAUGGCUCAGCGAAAAAUGCGAUCCCAUUAUUGAAUCAGCGAGUAAGCUUGUCGUUGAAGUUAUUCAUAACAUGCGUACAAUAAAACAACUAUCAAUAGAAAAAGAAGUGUUACGACAAUAUUCUGGGCUUAUUAAAAAAGUUACCAUAUUGUCUUGGAAACCGCAAAUUUUAUUUUCAAUGACAUUUGGUUUAUUAUGGAUAUUAGAGAUAUACACUUUGGUAUUUCUGUAUUGGCGUGCUCUUGUACUUUACGAAAGAAAAGAAGUGACCAAUCAUGGUAUAAUAAUGGUCCUUGCGUUUGCUAUCUUUUCAUUGCAAGCAUUGAAACUGAUCGGGAUGAUAGCUGAGCGAAUCGCAGAUUCAGUUUCAGCUGCUGAAACAUUUUUUGACUUAUUUGAUCGAAUACCAGUCAUCGACAACGGAUCUACCGAAGGGCAAGAAUUGCCUGAUUUUCGAGGCGAGAUUAAAUUUGAUGAAGUCAAAUUUAUCUAUCCGACUCGGCCAACAUCUACUAUUCUCAAUAAAUUACAGUUGAAUAUCGAGCCUGGCCAACGUAUAGCUGUUGUUGGUACAUCCGGUUGUGGAAAAUCGACUAUUGUUCAAUUGUUGGAACGAUUCUAUGAUACUACAAGGGGUCAAAUACUUCUUGAUGGAAUUGAUAUCCGAAAUCUAAAUAUUCAUUGGCUUCGUUCUCAAUUCGGCUAUGUUCAUCAAGAACCUAUUUUAUUCGAUUUAACGAUUGCUGAAAAUAUAUCAUAUGGCUUAGAAGAUAUUCCAAGACAAGACAUUAUCAAUGCAGCACGCAGAGCCAAUGUUCAUCAGUUUAUCGAACAUUUGCCUCAGGGAUAUGAAACAAGAGUAGGAAUGAAAGGUAGCUUUUUGUCAGGCGGCGAGAAACAGCGUAUUGCGAUAGCUAGAGUUUUUCUUCGUCGACCGAAAGUUCUACUCUUAGACGAAGCUACAAGCGCCAUGGAUUCGCAAAAUGAACAAAUUAUACAAGAAGCUCUCGAAAAAGCCCACGAAGAAGAUCCUAGUCUAACGUCACUCAUUAUUGCUCAUCGUCUUUCAACUAUUCGUUCGUGUAAUUCGAUUUGUGUGAUUGAGCGAGGACGCAUAAUAGAAAGCGGUACACAUGCAGAAUUGGCACAACAACGUGGCCCUUACUUUCAUAUGCUUUCACAAAAUCAUUUACACUAA